UGAGGGUAUAAACAGCAAACCGCCCCCUCCGUUUGAGCAACUUGCCCUGCACAUCCCUGUCCGCAGUGGGGGGAACAAGCUGGUAGUCCGUCCUCCUCCGGUGCAGUCCGGUCCGCUCAACUUGUCCCGCUGCUUGUGAAGCACCGACUCUGCUGUGCAGACAUGGCACCUGUCCUCCAAAUGUUUGCUGUCAUCAUCGCCUCUGCGCUCCUGCAAACUGCGACAUCGGCCCACCUCAAUGACACUAUUUUCGCAGUGACCGUCAGCUCCCAGGUGAAAGCAGGGAAACAGGAGACCCUGUGUGCCCACAUUCAAGGCCCCACAGAGCCAGUCUCUCUGACCAUCGCCCUCGAAAUGGACUCUGGCAGAACCACUGUCCUAGAGGAGGCUGUCAAAAAGGACUUCUACCGCUGCCUAAACUUCCAGGUCCCUGCAGUGCGCACCAGAACAGUGGCAACCAUAAAUGUCACGAUUCAGGGUGAGAGCGACUCGAUGAGCAAGAAGAGCAAAAUCCUCAUUGAGCCUCCCGCUUUCAUCCACAUCAUCCAGACUGAUAAACCCAUCUACAAACCUGGACAGACUGUCCAGUUCCGUAUUGCCUCCAUGGAUGCCAAUUUCAUCCCCGUGGGUCGAACGUACAAAGUGGUGGAGCUCCAGGAUCCCAAUUCCAAUCGCAUUGCCCAGUGGUUGGAUAAGACCAUUGUCAGCGGCAUCCUUGAUCUUUCCCACCCCAUGAUUCCUGAGGCCGUACAAGGAAGCUACACGAUCAGGGCCACGACGAACAAAGGAGAGCAAAUAUCCCACAGCUUUGACAUCAAGGAAUACGUUUUGCCAAAGUACGAAGUGAAGGUUCAUCUACCGAGUGUGAUUACCAUCCUGGACCAGGAGGCAACGUUUCAGAUUUGUGGAAAAUACACGUACGGUAAACCUGUUAUUGGUUCAGUCAAGGCAACGUUUUGCAGAAACGCCGUCAGGUUUUACUGGUUUCCAAUUACCCAACAAAGUGACCUCUGCAAGUUGUACACACUGACAACGGAUAAAAGUGGUUGCGCUACACAAGUUAUGAACAUGACUGAGUUUUCCCUCGAGAAGAGCAUGUAUGAUGACAGCUUUGAGCUGGAUGCUGAAAUGGAAGAGUACGGCACAGGCGUCACUCUGAGAGGCAGCGGGAAGACCAGCUUCAGCAGCCACAUCAGGACGGUCAGCUUUGAGGACGUACCUGCAGCAUACAAGCCUGGCAUCGCAUUAGAGGGAAAGGUCAAAGUGAUCGGUCCAGACAACAAUGCUGUUCCCAACGAGGCAGUAUAUCUGUUCGCCGGAGACUCCCAAAACUUAACGCUCACUACGGACACGCAAGGCAUGGCGUCAUUUUCUUUGGACACCACCGACUGGACAGGCAGUGUGAAUCUAAAGGCGAGGUCGAGAAAGACGGAGGAGAACGAGCCGUACGUGGCCAAUCUGCGCAGACCGGAGUACAGGUCGGCCUUUCACCACGUCGCAGCCUUUUACUCCAAGAGCAGCAGUUUUUUGAAGCUCAUGCAGGUGAGCGGGAAGAUCUCCUGUGACAAAGAUGCCACGGUGCGUGCUCAGUACAUCAUCCAAGGAGAGGAGCUAAAGAAGGGACAGGACGUCCUCGACUUCUUUUACCUGGUGAUGUCCAGAGGUGGAAUCGUGCAGCACGGUCGUGUCCCGGUGGCGGUUAAAGCAGGAACUGUCAACAAAGGCGAGUUGUCCGUGUCCCUCCGUCAGGUGACAAACCUGGCCCCGUUUGCUCAGGUGGUGGUUUACACCGUGAUGCCCAGUGGAGAGGCCGUGGCCGAUAGCCGGGACUUCCCCAUUCAGCUCUGCCUCAAUAACAAGGUGUCCCUGAAGUUCUCCUCUCUGCAGCAGCUUCCAGCAGAGAAGACGACGCUCAGUCUCCAGGCUCAUCCAGGCUCCAUGUGCUCCGUCAGAGCCAUCGACCAGAGCAUCCUCCUGCUGCAGCCGGAGCAGGAACUCACAGUCGACUCUGUGUACAGCCAGCUGCCUUUACAGAAGCUGUCAGGAUACAGCUAUGAGGUUGAAGACUUUGAGCCGUAUCCCUGCUUCUCAGUGCCGAUGCCAGAGCCCGAACCAGAACCAGAACCAGAAGUAGAACCGGAACUGGAACCAGAACAGGAGCUUGCGGUCGAUGUGGAGGCAGCUGGUCGAGCAAAGCGCUCACUCUACUAUGGACCGACCAAUCAGAAGAAUGAUGUCUACAGCAUCUUUAAAGAAAUUGGAAUCAAAAUUGUGACCAACUCGGAUGUGAAAAAACCUUAUAACUGCCUUGAAAGAAACUAUGAGCUUUACUAUGAUUCUGAUGCCCUAGACUCCCCGGUGCCCAUGGCCUUCAACAUGAUGCCACAGAGUUCAGGUGGUUUCAUGAAAGGCAAAGAGGAGGAGAAGAAAGAGACCGUGCGGACGUUCUUCCCUGAGACCUGGAUCUGGGACCUUGUUUCUGUGGGAGACAGCGGGUCGGUGAACGUGGAGAAAACCGUCCCUGACACCAUCACUAAGUGGGCGGCCGGAGCUUUCUGCGUCUCCUCUGUGGGCUUCGGCGUGUCGCCCAACACUGGGCUGACCGCCUUCCAGCCGUUCUUCGUCAGUCUCACGUUGCCGUACUCUGUCAUCCGAGGGGAGGUGUUCACACUCAAAGCCACCGUCUUCAACUAUCUCUCCAAAUGCAUCAUGGUGAAGAUCACGCUGGCUGACUCAGACCAGUACACCUUCAGAAACUGUGAUGGCUGCCAGUACAGUGUGUGUUUGUGCGGGGAGGAGAGCAGGACCUUCUCAUGGAUUGUGACUCCAACUGCUUUAGGUCAGGUGAAUCUGAAGGUCAGCGCAGAGGCCCUGAAGACUGACACGCUCUGCGGCAACGAAGUGGCCACCGUCCCCGACAUGGGCCGCAUCGACACUGUGGUCCGCACCCUGCUGGUGGAGGCUGAAGGAACCCCACAGAUGGUCAGUCACAACGCGCUGCUCUGUCCAGCAGAGGCGCCCGUGGAGAAGAAAAUCUCUCUUCUGAUGCCCGAGAUGUUUGUGGCUGGAUCAGCCAGGGCGACUGUCUCUGUGCUCGGUGACCUGAUGGGCCGGGCCAUGAAGAACCUGGACAAGCUCCUGGCCAUGCCGUACGGCUGCGGGGAGCAGAACAUGGUGCUGUUUGCGCCCAACAUCUUCAUCCUCAACUACCUGAAAAGCACGGGACAGCUGACGGAGGACAUUCAGGACAGAGCGACGCGCUUCCUGGAGAGCGGAUAUCAGAGGGAGCUCACCUACAAACACGAUGAUGGCUCCUACAGCGCCUUUGGGAAGAACGACGAGUCUGGAAACACCUGGCUGACCUCUUUUGUGAUGAAGUCCUUCGGCGGGGCAAGACCAUACAUCUUUGUGCACGCCAAGCACAUUAAAGAAGCCAAGAGGUGGCUGUUCAAACACCAGCGGCCAGACGGCUGCAUCAGAUCUGUGGGGAAACUCUUCCACAACGGCAUGAAGGGAGGAGUGAGUGACGAUGUGUCCCUGACUGCAUACAUCACCGCCGCCCUGCUGGAGCUGGACAGCAACGCCUCGGACCCCAUGGUCCAGAACUGCCUGAACUGUCUGAAGGCAGCAGUGGGCGGCCAGAUGGACAACCUGUACACCACGGCGCUGCUGUCCUACACCUUCACUCUGGCUGGAGACGAAGAGAUGAGGAGCAAACUCAUCACUUAUCUGCACCAGAAGUCCAACACACAGGGUGGCACCCGUCACUGGGACAGAGCAGGGGCUUCUGGGAAAGGCCUGGACUCUUUGGAGGUGGAGAUGACCUCCUACGUGCUGCUGGCUCUGCUCUCCGGUCCAGCUAUGCAGGAUUUCGGUUUGGAUUACUCCUCCAGCAUCGUCCGCUGGCUCGCCCAGCAGCAGAAUCCGUACGGGGGCUUCUCCUCCACACAGGACACUGUGGUGGCCCUCCAGGCUCUGGCUAAGUACGGCGCUGCCACCUACAGCUCGGAGGGCAGCACUACAGUGACGGUGACGUCGUUAGGAGGCCUGAACAAAGAGUUCAUGGUGGAUCAGAGCAACAGGCUGCUGUACCAGGAGGAGAGGCUGAGCGAGGUCCCGGGGGAGUACACGGUCAGAGCCCAGGGACAGAGCUGUGUGCUGGCACAGAUCUCCAUGCAUUACAACAUCCCCCCUCCCCCCGACUUCUCUGCCUUCAACAUCUCCACUAACACCAUGGCUAAAUGCAACAUCAGCCGGCCUCAGCUCAUCCUCUUUGUGCACGUCAGGUACCAGGGCAGGAGAGAGGAAACAAACAUGGUCAUCAUCAACAUCAAGCUGCUGUCUGGAUACAUUCUGGAUAAAAGCUCGCUGACGCUGCUGAAAAGCGACCGUUCAGUGAAGCGAGUGGACGUGGAGGAAGGAUACAUCAACAUCUACUUAGACGGGCUGAAGAAGGAUGAGACGAAGAUCCACAGUGUGACACUAGAGGAGGAUCAGCCCGUCAGGAACCUGAAACCAGCUGUGGUCAAAGUCUACGAUUAUUACCAGACAAGCGACGAGGCGGUCACUGAGUACACCUCCCCCUGUGCAGAGAGUGACGUCUUGAACCAGCUGUAAAAUCCUUCAGAAAGCCCCGCCAGGACUUCUUUCGGUUGGAAGAAUCACUGUAUCAGAGAUAAAACUUCUAGAUGUUUAUUUUUUUCUUAGACCUAUUCUGUAUAAUUUUUUUUUUUAAAAACUCCUUUUAAACGUUUUCGCUGUGUUUAAUUGUGAGCGAAUUCAACUUUUUAGGAACAAAUGUGUUUUCUUUUCUUUUUAAAUUGUUGUUGCUCUACUUGCUGUUUUAUGCUAGGCUCGUACUUGUCCGCCAAAUUAUUACAAAGCGAUAAUUAGUCAGCGCGACAACCCAUACCGUAGUUUCUGCAGCCUCUCGCCUCAACACUGGAACCUUCACAUUAUAACCCACCGAGUUCAAGACCAGCAGCCGAUGUUCUGUAAUAGUUCUGUUUUUAAUAGAUUCGACAAAAUCCAUAUUAUUCAUACGUGAAAAUAACGCAUGAGACAUACAGGGUACCAAUAACACAGUAUGGUCCGAGUACUGAUUGUGAGUGUGUGUGUGCAUGUGUGUGUGUGUGUGAGAAACAGGAUCUACUUUCUAGAAAAACAAAAGUACAGUCUCAUGAGUGCUUGGUGAGUUAUUGUGUGUUUGUGUGGUGUGUGUUCUGCUGUACCAGUAAAAAAAAAAAAGGUAGAUUGAUACAUCACUACCAUACAAUUUUGAAAUGUAACUGACAGACAAUAAAAUUUCUAAAAUGACAAAAA